UUUCAAAUCAGAGCGGGUGCUGCGGUGGCCUGCUGCCGUUGGGUGAAGCGCGGGUGGGAAGAUAGAAAGACUGCAGACUCGGGGGCCCGCAGACCACCCAGCUGCCUCCGUUUUCAGAAAGAUGGAGACUGUGAUGCUGAAUCUGCGGAAUCCAUUUGAGCAGAUUGUACGCCAGGCGGAGAUUCUCAAUGAAGGAAAUGAACUCCAAUUUAUCCAGUUGGCAAAGAAUUUUGAAGACUUUCGCAAGAAAUGGCAAAGGACAGAGCAUGAAUUGGGAAGAUAUAAGGAUCUUUUAAUGAAAGCAGAGACAGAACGUAGUGCUCUGGAUGUGAAACUGAAGCAUGCACGAAAUCAGGUAGAUGUGGAGAUCAAACGGAGACAACGAGCAGAAGCUGACUGUGAAAAGCUGGAACGACAGAUUCAGCUGAUUCGGGAGCUGCUCAUGUGUGAUGCAUCUGGCAGUAUUCAACUAAGCGAGGAACAAAAAUCAGCUCUGGCUUUCCUCAACAGGGGCCAGCAAUCCAGCGGCAAUGCUGGGAACAAAAGACUGUCAACCAUUGACGAGUCGGGUUCCAUUUUAUCAGAUAUCAGCUUUGACAAGACUGAUGAAUCCCUGGAUUGGGAUUCUUCUAUGGUGAAGACCUUAAGGUUGAAGAAGAGAGAAAAGAGGCGUUCCAAUAGUCGACAGUUUAUAGAAGGUCCACCAGGACCAGUAAAGAAAACCCGUUCCAUUGGUUCUACAAUAGACCAGGGGAAUGAAUCCAUAGUCGCAAAAACUACAGUCACUGUUCCAAAUGAUGGUGGUCCUAUUGAAGCAAUAUCCACUAUUGAAACUGUGCCCCAUUGGACAAGGAAUCGGAGGAAAACAGGCACUUUACAGCCUUGGAAUAGUGACUCUACACUGGCUAGCAGAAAUGUGGAGUCCAGGCCAGAGACUGACAGUUCAAGUACUCCACAAAGUAAUGGAGGCAUGCGCUUACAUGAAUUUGUUUCUAAGACGGUUAUUAAACCAGAGUCAUGUGUUCCUUGUGGAAAGAGAAUAAAGUUUGGAAAAUUGUCCCUAAAGUGCCGAGACUGUCGAGUAGUGGCUCACCCAGAAUGCCGGGAUCGUUGUCCCCUUCCUUGCAUUCCAACACUGACAGGCACACCUGUCAGAAUAGGAGAGGGAACUCUGGCAGAUUUUGUGUCCCUGACUUCACCAAUGAUCCCCUCCAUUAUUGUUCAUUGUGUAAAUGAGAUUGAACAACGGGGGUUGAAUGAGGCAGGUCUCUAUAGGAUCUCAGGUUGUGACCGGACAGUGAAAGAAUUGAAAGAGAAGUUCCUUCGAUCAAAAACUGUGCCUCUUCUCAGUAAAGUAGAUGACAUCCAUGCUAUAUGUGGCCUUCUUAAAGACUUUCUUCGGAACCUCAAGGAACCCCUUCUGACUUUUCGGUUAAAUAAGACUUUUAUGGAAGCAGCAGAACUCACAGAUGAAGACAACAGCAUAGCUGCCAUGUACCAGGCUAUUGGUGAACUCCCCCAGGCCAACAGAGACACAUUAGCUUUCCUCAUGAUACACUUGCAGAGAGUUGCUCAGAGCUCCAGCACUAAAAUGGAUGUUGCCAAUUUGGCCAAAGUCUUUGGUCCUACAAUAGUUGCUCAUGCAGUACCUAAUCCUGAUCCUAUGACACUACUACAGGAUACCAAACGCCAGCCCAAGGUGGUAGAAUGCUUGCUUUCUCUGCCACUGGAAUAUUGGAGUCGGUUCAUGAUGGUAGAACAGGAGAACAUUGACCCAAUGCAUGGCAUUGGAAACUCCAAUGCUUUUUCUACACCACAGACGCCAGAUGUUAAAGUGAGUGUAUUAGGGCCUCUGACUACUCCUGAACAGCAGCUCAUCAAGACUCCUUCAUCCAGUUCACUGUCCCAGAGAGUCCGUUCUACUAUCAGUAAGAAUACUCCUAAGUUUGGAAGCAAGAGCAAAUCUGCUACCACCCUGGGACGGCAAGGCAACUUUUUUGCCUCUCCAAUGCUCAAGUGAAGUCUCUCUACUUCUGUUUCUUCCCUGGAAUUUACGCUCUACAAGAAAGCCCACACCUGUACACUCUGUUUUGUGGCCUUCUAUACCUUCUAUUACUUUUGUCAUUCUCUAGGCUUUUGAUUAAAUUUAAUUGUGCAUGGAGUUUUUAUUAAAAUUUAUAUACAUAGAUAUUCUCAGUUCAAAUAGAAAUAUCUAAUAUUGGUAGUUUUUGUUAACUUUUAAGUGAAAGAUCUAUUCAGAGAUGGGAAUUAGAUGAAUUCUUUAGAAAAUACUAGGUGGUAGUGGUUGCUUUUGGUAAGUUUCCUUUUAGCUUGGAGUGUAAAUGCUGCCUAUGAAAUGACCCAGCUGUCCCAAAGAUUUUUUUUUUAAGAGCUAUUUCCUUGUGGUAGUGGCAAGAAUCCCAUCUCUGGCAAAACUCGCAUGUCUUACAGGAGAGUAAAGCAGGAGAGUGGGGAAGGAAAAGAUAAAGGACUAUAGGAUGCCAGCUUUAGUCAGCGAACAUAAAAUUUCCUUUACCACUGUAUCUGACUCUAUUCUGAACAUGGUAGUUUGAUGUGCCAGUUAGAAAUAUAGUAUGCUUGGCUUAACAUGAAUUAAUUAGCUCUUGAUAUUAAGUAAGCAUAGCCUUGUAAAUAUACUAAAGCUUAUAUUUAUGUGUGGUACAUGACUGGAAGUUUCCAUUAGUUGGAGUCAAAGCCAGUCUUUUUAAAAAUAAAUUUCUGCUGAUAUUUGACCCUCAUCUUUAUCUAGAGAAAUCUCAUUUCUGGAGGUUGAUAAAUUUUCUGUUGGGUGUCCUGCCUGAUGGUCAGGAGAGUAGAAUUUAAAAUUAGUAUUAGCAUAGCUUUAUAUGACAGAGUAAGCACUGGUCAUUUUUUUCUUUGCACUUUGGAUGCUGGGAUUUGCCCCUGGAACAUGAUUAUAUCCCUAGGGUUUUUCUUUAAAAGACUUAUCCCAAUAUUUGUAAGAAUGGUUUCUUUUGUAUCCGUAUCUCAGAAAUUGUACUGAUUUUGUCAAAUUCGGAUAUUUUGGUAAUUUUGAAAAAAGUAAACUGCUUUUUCAUAAAGAA